CUCACUUCUGCCAAGUGCCAACCAUUUCAGAAUACAUGGAAACCUUCUAAACCCUGUUAGGACAAAUCAUGGGAAUCUACACCUAUGUAAGAGCACAUCCAUUACCACUUCCACCUUCAUUACCCUCCACCAAACAAAGAACCCAAUUCCCAAUCCUUUCACCAACACUCUCCAAUACCCAAUCCCAUUUAAUCCUCCCUAAACCAGUUUCAGCCACGCUGAAUUCCCCCAAAGGAUUUGGACCUACCCCAAAGAACACCAAAAAGUCCAAGAAACCCAGAAAGAACUAUGACAGUGGAGAAGAAGAUGAGGACGAGGGUGAGGAAGAAGAUACCAGAGAAGAAGGUGUUAUCCCAGAGAUUGUGACUAACCGUAUGAUGAGCAGAAUGGCAGUUUCUGUAGGAACCCCACUUUUCAUAGGGCUUCUGUUCUUCCCUUUCUUUUAUUAUCUGAAAGUUGGUCUCAAAAUUGAUGUGCCCAGUUGGCUGCCCGUCAUCGUAUCGUUUAUCUUCUUCGGGACAGCCCUUUUGGGAGUGAGUUAUGGAAUUGUGUCAGCCAGUUGGGAUCCUUUAAGGGAAGGCUCGUUCUUGGGUUGGAAUGAAGCUCAGAAGAAUUGGCCUGUUUUCUGGCAGUCAUUCUGGGGUGGGGGAGGAUCCAAGAAGAAGUAGGAUCUAUCUAUCUAUCUUUCGACAACCCUUGAUUUUGCCUCUAGUUUCUGUUAUCAUAUUCUACUUCUUUGCUCUUCAAUGGUUUCUGUAUUCUACUGCUUAUAUUUGCCCAUUUGAGCAGAACAUGGAUAUUGAACUUCUAGUUGAGAUAAGCAAAAUCUUGUGGUUGACAGAGAAAUUCAAUAGUAUAGAGUGUAAUACAUAAGAAAAAUAACAAAUUAGAACUCUAGUCUCUAAUCCAUCAAAUUGAUUGUGAAUUGCAUAGUGCAACACCAGAUGUUGGGCUGUGUUUUUCAUUUACCAGAUUUGAUGUUUGAUUUGGCAUGGAUUGAAGUUGGAUAUAGUUUAAUUUAAUGGCUUUCGAAUAUAAAUGGUAUUUUUGUU